AUGUCGUCGAAAAAAGUACUGCGGGCACUUCACCAUGCAGAUGAACUUGAGAAGGAUGUGGCAAAAGUCUUGAGAAAAAAUCGACAUCCUCUUAUAAAGAGGAUAGAACUCAUCGUUCUCACCACUCGAAUUCGACUUCUGGAAGAGGAUCGGGAAGCAGUUCAUCAAGAAGCCGCUUCAGAAGAUCAUAAAAUCACUCCGGCUCUUCUUAAUUUUAGAAAAAAUGUCCAUAGUUAGUUGGUGUCAAGGUCCCUUGAUUUUAACAAUGGAAAUUUGCGGGCUUCUAAAUUUAGAAAUUUAAAAAAAGCGAAUUACACUUAAGCGAUUAUAAGAGAAAUAUAAUCAAUUUUUAAAAAAACGAAUUUUUGGCCAAAAUGGCCACUGAAGUGUGGAGCAGCCAAUAGCAAAGGGGAUAUAAGAAAUCAAAGUAGGAGUCUACGGAAGCUCAACUACAGAAAUCAACCAAAUCUUCAAAAUUCAAAAAAAUGUCGUCGAAAAAAGUACUGCGAGCACUUCACCACGCAGAUGAACUUGAGAAGCAGAGAAGCUCCACAUCCUCUUAUAAAGAGGAUAGAACUCAAUCUUCAAGAUCCAAUUCUCGUUCACACCACUCUAAUUCAACAUCUCGAAGAUGUUCAGGAAGCAGCUCUUCAAAUAAAAAUGUCCAUAGUUAGUUGAUAUCAAGGUCCCUUGAUUUUAGCAAUGGAAACUUGUAGGCUUUUAAAUCCGGAUAA